GUCUCUUUUCUCCUUCCUACUUUAAUGUUCUUGUAAAUUAAUAUUAUUUCAUAACAAAAUUUCAUACUUUUUUUUUGUUUUGGGUUAGGCAAAGCAGCAGCGGAGAAGGUCCUUCCUCGCAUUGGAAUUGAUGGAGUCUCGUCAUGUCUCCCUUGGUCGUCGAACGUUGGAAGAAAUUCGUCAAAGGAGAGCAGCGGAGAGAUUAAGCAAGAUGUCUUCUGGACCAGAUCUUGCCAAACCUGAGGUUUUGGGGAUUACAAAAUCUCGGAGUGCAACUCGCCUAUCAGAGAAUGAUAUCACUGCCUUAGUUUCUCAAUUAAAAGUUGUGCAAAAACAAAACACACAGCUAGAUGAAGAAAACAGAGCAUUCGCCUCAAAGCUUCAGACAAAAGAAGUUGAGAACAACAUGUUGCAAAAACGUCUUAACGAUCUGGAGCAAAUCACUAUACCUUCAUUAAGAAAAGCGCUCAAGGAUGUUGCCAUGGAAAAGGAUGCAGCAGUUGUUGCACGAGAGGAUCUUUCAGCUCUGCUUCGUACAAUUAAGAAACGUUUGAAGGAAGUAGAAGAGGAACAGUAUCGGGCUGAAGAGGAUGCGGGAUCUCUAAGAGCAGAACUAAACUCAUUACAGCAGCAAGCAUUGACUGGUCCUAUAAGUGGUUUAACUUCAAUGAAUUUUCCGCCAGAUUGUAUGCAAGCUAUGGAGAAGGAGCUAGCAAAUUUAAAAUCUCAAUUAGAGCAAGUGACCCUGUUGAGGCAACAAGAAAGACAGCAGUUAGUGGAGGAGAUAGCGCAUGUAUCUGCACUAAAUUCUCAAAAGCAGGAUUUGGAAGAGAAGCUUGCUGUUAUGUCCAAAAAGGUCUCAGGUGAAGUCACCGGAAAGGCAUCCCAGAAGACAUUCUCAGAGGGAGACAAGGUGAGGCUUGAAAAGCAAUUACAUGAUAUGGCAGUGGCUAUUGAAAGAUUGGAAAGUAGCCGGCAGAAACUUCUUAUGGAGGUCGAUUCACAAUCCUCGGAGAUAGAGAGACUAUUUGAGGAAAAUUCUGAUCUUUCUUCCGCUCAUCAAGAAGCUUUAGGGGUGGCGGUGCAGUGGGAGAAUCAGGUAAAAGAUUGUCUCAAGCAAAAUGAGGAGCUUCGUGUUAUGUUAGAUAAGUUAAGGAAUGACCAAACUGCAAUAUCAACUGCAAACAACAACCUGAUCCAGCAAGGUGUCAAAGGCAGCAAAAAUGAAAUUCAAGGCAUAGAAUAUGCUGACAUCAUAUCCAUCAAGGGUCUGGAACUAGAGGUGAUCAAACUUUUGGCUAGGCAUGGAUUUGAGUGUUUUCGAGCUUGGUAUAGGUUGAAGGCAAUUGAAAGUUCUUAGAAGGCAAAGCUUGGGAAUUUGAUUCUCUCAAGAUUUGGAUGUGAAUACAAAAAGGGCACCCUCAAGAAGAGAGGAGGAAGGAGUGGUUAAUGAGGGAGUUCUUCCCAGGAUGAACAAGUCCCUAUAGCCAACCAAGAGAAUGUGAAUGAGAAGGUUCACCCUCAAGUGACCCAAGGUCCUCAAUCUCCCAAUGUUGAAUGCGAUAUGUCUAAUAUGGAGAUAAGGGAUGAUUUUCAAGCUUUGACCCAACUCAUGACGACUCAAUAUCAAGUUUUCAAAAAUUAUAUGAUGUCCCAAGUUAACCUAGGAGUUGGAUCUCAAACCAAUGCAAAUACUCCAACUUCUAGAAUCCAAGACUUUGUGAGGAUGAAUACUCCUACUUUCCAUGGCACUAAGGUUGAUGAAGAUCCACAAGGCUUCAUAGAUGAAUUAUUCAAGGUGGUGAAUUUUAUGGGAGUGAAUCCUAGAUAGAAAGAAGAACUAGCCGCUUACCAAUUAAAAGAUGUGGUACAAGUGUGGUUUGAGAAAGACAGGUAUGAGAGACCCGUAAGGGAAGGCCCGGUAGAUUUAGGAGUAUUCAAGACGACCUUUCUUGAUAGGUUUUUCCCUAUAGAGUGAGGGAGAAAAAGUUAGUAGAAUUCAUGAACCUUCGUUAAGGGGGAAUGAAUGUAAAGAAGUAUUAUCUCAAGUUCACCCAACUCUCUAAGUAUUCCCCAACCUUGGUAGACAACUCUAGGGCCAGAAUGACUAAGUUCAUGAUGGGGGUGUCUUGUUUAGUUGAGGAAGAGUGUCGUAUGAAAAUGCUCCAUCAUGAUAUGGAUAUCUCAAUACUGAUGGUGUAUGCGCAAUAAAUUAAGGUGUCCAAGCUUAGGAAGAUGAAUAGAGAUGGGAAAA